AUGAAAGUGGGGCCUCUAUGCCCAAAAAGGGAUCAUCUUGGAAACCUGAGUUAGAUGGACGGCUUCAGGAUGCUCAUAUUUGUGAUUAAAGACAUCUUUCAUGCUUUCUAUAUGCAUAUAUUUUUGUCUUACAGGAGUUGAAUGUGUAUUUUCAAUGCCAUUAAAUAAUUGUUCCAGCGGUUCCAGGCAAGAGGAUCCAUUGAUAAGAACAAGAGACUGGUAGAGCAACUACGACAUCAUGGUGUUAUUAAGUCAAGGGAAGUAGCCGAAGUGAUGGAGACAGUUGACCGGGGACUAUUCAUAUUCAAUGGAGCUUCAGCCUAUGUUGACAGCCCCAUGCUGAUUGGCUAUAAUGCCACUAUAUCGGCGCCGCAUAUGCAUGCCACAUGUUUGGAACUUUUAAAGGAUCAUUUGCAGCCCGGAAUGCGUGUUCUAGAUGUUGGUUCAGGUGCCACAACUCUCCACCUAUUCAUUGCAUUCCUCUCUCUUAUCUAUUGAUUGACGGACCAUGUUAAGGAAAUUAAAAGAAAUGGUGCAAGGCUGAUAUCCUCAGCAACAUUCUGUUGAAGAGGUCCUUAUCCAUCACAGCUUGCUCUGGUGUUUGGAUACACAGGUUCCCCAUCACUGAACUCGAAAUAGUAUGUUUGAUCGCUGAGGACCGAAUCUAUGGGGAAUAAAUAGCUCUGGCGUCUCUCUGUCAUCCAUGAACAUAUAGCUAUAGUUUCUGGCUUAGUUUCCUCUUAUUCCUAGAACUCAGGACUUGGGUUCUGAUAAUGCUAUAUUUUUAUGCGUUAAUUCAUGUUUAAUCUUUAUAAUUGUUGCAUUAAUUCAUAGAAAUGUGCAUUGUUAGGAGGCUGAUUCAGGAAAAAUGUGAAUUUCAUACUAAUUGGUGUCAUUUACAUGCAUAAGAUUUCAUUUUAAUUGCUGAAUUAUAAGUUGAAAUCUUUCUUAAUCUGAUUCCCAGGACUUUAAUCAGGUUUGGUGAUUUUUCUUGUUACGCUCUUUGUGAUUCAUUCCCCUGGCACUCUUUUCAGGAACAGGAUACCUUACAGCGUGUUUUGCUCUGAUGAUCGGUCCAGAAGGCCGUGCAGUGGGCAUAGACCACAUUCCUGAGCUAGUUGCUUCCUCCAUUGAGAAUAUAAAGCAGAGCGCCGCAGCAGAUUUGCUGGGAGGCGGCUCCCUCUCUGUUCAUGUUGCAGGUAUGAACAAACUAGUCAGCCCUUUGCCCAAGCAUAUCUUUCCUGCCCAUUCUGAGAUGGCGUGGCUGCAGAUGGCAGGCUGGGGUUCCCCGACCUGGCGCCCUUUGACGCUAUUCACGUUGGGGCCGCCGCCGCCGAGCUCCCCCAGCCUCUGGUCCAGCAGCUGAAGCCCGGAGGCAGAAUGGUGAUCCCGGUUGGGAAAGUGUUCCAGGAACUGAAGGUAGUAGACAAGAGGAUGGACGGCUCUGUCAGCGUCUCCACUGAGACCUCUGUUCGUUAUGUCCCCCUGACCAGCCGGGAUGCCCAGCUGCGGGGAGCCUGA